AUGGUGAACCCAAUCACCCACCUCGGCGAUCCCCGGGCCUGUCUAGACAACACCGCUUACGACCCUUGGCCAACGUGGCACUUCCUCGAUUCCGACCCUCAUGAACUAAUCAAAUUUCGGCACAAGUACGGCAGUCUCCGGCUCGCUUGCGAUGCCUGCCUUGUCUUCAACACUGUCUGCUCCUUUAUGCCUGUCCAGCGCCCGGACUUUGAUAGCCUCGAAGUCAUGCAGGGAAGCAACUCUGAUACCCACUUCCUGAGCUACAAAUGCUGGCAGUGCCGCAUCCAACCUGAAACCUGCGGCUGUACUAUUGCUGGGAUCUUGUACUCGGAAAGAGAUCGUGAGAGGAAGGAGAUUUAUAGACGGUUGAGUCUGUAUCUACCUGAUGAGGGUAAAGGACAGAGGGACAAGGCGCUGGACUGGCUCAUGGCAAUUGAUGAUUCCUUUGAGCAGUGGAGAUGUAAGACAGGUCUCCAUAAGAAAGGAGAGCAGGCGAGACCUAGUGAUGGAGAAGAGUUGGAAUUGGGCCUGAUUAAGAGACCGAGGGACUGGAGGUCUGCAUUGUUCUUGGAGGCCAUGAAGAACAUUGAUGAGGAGAUGGCUAUACGGCCACCGAAGAAGCAAAAGCUACAGAGCAAUGUGGGAAUGAAAAGAUUGCUCGAGGCUGGAGCAUUGUCGGUUCGGCCCAAUGUGGCAGUCACUCGGCCUAUUGACAUCAUCGGGUCUCAGACUUCUUCUCCUCUUCAGAUCGGCCAGCUGAAAGAUCAGCAGAUGCAGUCCCCUGUGGAAGCGAUUCGACCUGUUGAUAUUGUUGGAUCGAAAGUUCAACCCGAUCGGGAAACAACUCGUCCUGUUGAAGUUCACCAUUUGCAGACUUCCACUCCUGCAAUAAGUCCACCGAACAACCCGCAACUUCAGCUUCACGCAGGAACGCCUCAAACUAUCGAAGUUGUCAGAUCUCACGCUUCUCUUCGUCCAGGGGUGGGCUCGCUGAACAAUCAGCCGGCUCAGGUCACUUCAGCAAAGUUUCAACCAACCAAGGGCGUCGAAUCGUGGACUUCUCCCCUUUUCGGCACAGGACCAAGGCAGAAUCAGUCCGUACAGCCCACUCCGGAAGCGUUUCGGCAGAUUAAGAGCGUCGUAUCGCGCACCUCUCCCCUUCUGCACGAAGUGAACUUCCAUGGCAACUAUGGCCAGACGGAAUACACCUCAGGUACUGGCCAACAACGCCAGCCCAAUGCGGGAGCGUCUAGACCGGUUCAAGCUCCUGAACUUCGCACUUCUUCCCACCCUGCGGGCUGGAGCUUCUCUGGCCAGAUGAACUACACCACGGGUAAAAUUCAGCACAUCCUUCCGAAUACGUCGGCGCCUCGACCGCUUCAGAUUACCCGACCACAGGGGGCCCCUCCUGCUCAACAGGGCCAAGGAUUGCGGCCUUCUACUCAGGGAAAGGUCAAUGGCCAGGUGAACAUGGGCGCAGGUAUUAUUACCCCACGCCACCCUAGCCUCGUUGACCCUGCCCCGUUUGGCCCUACAACUCCUGAUGACACUAUGAUUGACCCUGCGCUUCUUGAUCCCGCGCUCUUGGAUCCAGCGAUCCUUGAUGAUACUAUGAUUGACCCUGAGCUUCUUGAUCCCGCGCUCUUGGAUCCAGCGAUCCUUGAUGAUACUAUGAUUGACCCUGAGCUUCUUGAUCCCGCGCUCUUGGAUCCAGCGAUCCUUGAUGAUACUAUGAUUGACCCUGCGCUUCUUGAUCCCGCGCUUUUGGAUCCAGCGACCCUUGGCUCUCGGCCUAGUGGCCACACCAAUCCCAACCAGCCGCAAGAUCUAACAUUGACUUCACAGGAAGACACCCGCCCAGAGUCGUCGAAUUUAUUGCAGCGGCAAAAUAUAAUCUGCAGCACAGUUCAGACUCAACUGGAUCGCUACCAAAGGGAGUUGAUUACAGUGCAGGGAAAUAAUAGCGGCAAUGGUAGCCACAGCAGUACUCAGCCUGCUAGUCAUACCUCGAGUUCUACCACAGCCAACGCGCCAGCAGCUUCUCAAGCUGCACUAUACAAGGGCCCUCUAACCAACGCACCGCCCGGUGCGAGACCACCUCUGAACCCAUCUAGAACGGGCUCCGCCAAAAUUUGCUGCGAGACAUGCAAACGGCUGUUGACGAAGCAGCGCACAAUUUGUAAUUACACAGACCAACACGGCUGCAGCAAGUGUGCCGAACUAGGCCUCGUCUGCGUAGUUGACGGAUGGGCUCUGCCGCCUCACCCACUCCGUCUCAAUCCAGGAGCCACUGCCGGUGGGAAAUCGUGGACUUGUUGCAGCCAGUGUGAGCACACAUACGACUGCGAGAGAUCUGUGCCCUGCGACACUUGUAUCCGUAAAGGCAAGGCGGAGAAAUGCACACGCAUCUCAAGGGGAGGGUUUCGCCGAUAUGCGCCUGGCCAGGACUUGUUUGGGUAUUACCUGCAUCUCGGAUACGGUCCUAACGGGAUCGGUGAUCGGAACGAGAAACCAGAUGCCCGACUUGGUGACAACUAUCAUCUUCUCUACGCCAAGGAGGUGAUGGAACUCAAAGGUCUGCCUUGGUACGGACCGCAAGACUACCCCUUUGCUGGAGUGUCAGUUCGUCCGGUUUGGGUAGGCGACGAUCCGAGAAACGACCCAGCUGCGCAACACAACGUAAAUACAGUAGCAAACCAACCUCUUAGACGCGCUGUACUCAACAUCUCUACCGUUCAAGUAACCUUAGACACCGCCCGAGCAAUCCGACUGAUGAGCCAACCACCGCUGAAACCCAUCAGCGUCGGGCUUCCAUCCCAAGGUCUGCUCUGCAACGCAGCCAACAUCAUCAACCCACACAACCAAUUUCUCUCCCCCGUCACGGCGCAACCCAUCAUGCGCCCUCCUUCGCCCGGUCCUCCUUAUCCCCUCUUCGCGGACCCAACCCGCUCCGCCAUCCCAGCCGACCACCCCAAUGCCAAAGCGGUGCCGGCACUGUCCACCAUCCCCCUCAAGCAACUCUGGACCAACGGCCUAGCCCUCAACAUUCCAGCCCCCUGCCAGACCUUUCGCAUACACGAAGAAGACGGGGUUACGAGAAAAUGUAACAGACUCACGAAGGGCGCGUGCGAGAACGUGGAUAACCACCCUAUUCGCGCCCCGGAUUACGCGCUUUGUGAUGAGUGCGCCGAGGAGGGGCGACAGGCACUGAUGCAGGUGUUCAGCCAGAACGAGGCGGCGAACAAACUGCGGCUUCUUGCUUGCCAGGGUUGUACUGAGAAGUUGAUUGAAAGUCCAGAGAUGUUGAAUGGGAAGGGGUACAGAGUAUUCUUGCAGGAGAGUGGGGGGAAGGGGAAGAAGGUUAUUGAUCCGAGAUGUACUACGAGUAGGCAUAUUGCCACAGCCGCUGUCGCGAUCACUGCUAUGACUGCCACUACGACUAGUCAACAGCAGCAACGGCAACGAUACGAACAGCAGGAAGAUGGCGUAGAAGUCAAAGCUGCUGCGCAGCAAGGCUCUGCUCAGUCGGAGACGCCAACGGAGACAGAGUCGGAGACAGUAGUCCACGGUCUCCUAACCACCCCCCAACCUAUAACAGGCUGCUCCUGCGCCACAAAACUCUUCAACCGCCGCAUCUGCCGCCCUCACCUUCUUUCAGCAUGGGAAGAGCUCAUCAAGAAGGCGAACGAGAUUGACGAGUUUGCCACAAAGCACUAUGGGCAGUCCAAAUGCUUCGUGUGUUGGUCAAGAGCGCCCGUCGAUCCGCAGACAUACAAGGGACCCAUGGUCUGGGCGUGUGCGGCUUGUCAAGGGAUUGUGAUUGGAGUGCAGGAACUUGAGAUGCAUAUUGAUGCGGAGAGCGAAUAA